CCAGAAGGAGAAAAAUAUCACUUAAUAAGGUCGAAUUUAUGCACCCUUCUGGUCAAAGUCAACAAAAGCCAGAUUAUACAAUGUGUGGCGCAUUUUUGCUCCCUAAUGUACUUGGAAAAUGGUGAGGAUGAAAAUUGCAAAAGUGAAACCUGUUCACCAUCAACCAAAGCAAAUCUUCAAGUGUGUUGGACACAGAGUUGUGACAUGAAAUGAAACGAAAGCCAAAUAUGAAGCUAACUAACACUGUUGCUGAACACCAAUCGAGGAGCAAUUGGUUGUGUUGAAUGGUUGUACAUGUCUACCAAGUCACUGACAAGAAGAAGAGGUGGUGACCAGAAAAGCUAACAACAUGGCUUCUUCCAUUUCUUCUUUGUAUAUUUCCAGAGGUUUUGAUACCCUGUGGCAACAUGCUGCCUCUCACAGGAAAUUAGAUAGUCAGGGGCACUAUGGUCUGAUGGACCGCCGCUUCUUCCUGACCUUUCUCAUCUGCUCCGCACUGUGGAUCUUCUUCUGGGAAGUGCGCUGGAAGAAAGGCAAAGACGGUCAGAUUGAGGAAUGGCUACGAGGACACAGUCUUUCUCAAUACAAGCAUUUAUUUGAAGAUGUGCAGACACUGGAGGAGCUGAGUCUGAGUGUACUGAGUCGCUUGGAAGAGGUGGUGAAGGAACAACAGAGCUGGAGGGAAAUCGCUGAGGCUCAUAUUCGGCUGCUCCGAGACUUUGCCUUCCAAGAGUGGCUUUGUUCUCAGAACCUUGGACACUUUUACAAAACGCUAAAGACUUUGGGUUAUAUGAAUCUGGAUGACCUGUCACAGUUUGACAGUCAGCUGCACCUCUCCUUAGCUGCCUGGGGGUACUAUUACGAAGACUACAUCAAGUUGUCGACAGGCAUCAAGAUCCUCCAGACCUCACGGAGGAGUCGGGACCAGGACUACGAGAUCCAGCUCGUGCACAGUCUUGCUGAAAGGCGUCUGAAUGAGAAGUGGUCAAUCGCGGGGGCACUCCUAUUUGGCUGUACUGUGGCGCUGUGCUUCUUGAUAAGGGACCUCAUGUUUUACGUGAUUGGUGGAAUUACUGUUUCCAUCAUUGCAUUUGUCUUCACCAUCAAGUUCCUGUGUGAGCUUGCAGCCAGGGUUGUCAGCUUCCUGCAGCAUGAGGAUCCAGGCCGCCGUGGCGACCGCAGCAUCUACGAUUAUGUGCGGGGCAACUAUUUGGAUCCACGCUCCUGCAAGGUGUCCUGGGAUUGGAAGGAGCCACAAGAAGUGGGGCAGACGAUGAGCUUCAGAGUCCAACUCUUCUAUAAGAACGGCCAGCCUUUCCCAGCCCAUCGGCCAGUGGGGUUGAGAGUCAACAUCACCCACAUUGAAUUGGCUCUAGAUAUCCCUGUUACACAGGAAGUCUUACAAGAACCGGAGUCAAACGUGGUUAAAGUAACUUUUACCGUGCGCAAGGCUGGCCGCUACGAGGUCGCUGUCAAGCUUGGUGGCCUCAACGUGGCCUACAGCCCUUACUAUAAAAUCUUCCAGCCAGGUACAGUCGUUCCAUCCAAGACUAAGAUAGCCUACCAUUUCUCGACGCUGGUGUUAACACACAGCCAGCAGCACACUCUGCAGAUUGAGCCUCGAGAUGAAUAUGGAAACCCUACCAGUAACUCCACAUCACUCACAGAUGAGGCCAACUACAGCAUCCACGUGCACUCUCUGGGCACAGUGGAUGAUGACAGCACGGAGGGCUACUACAGUAAGACGGUCUCCCUCAACAAGCAGCAGUGUCAGGUUCUGAUGAAACUGACCCUGUGGAAGACCGGCUGCUUCAGGGCCCGCAUUGCCUACCUGGAUCAGCCACUCAGCAAUGGGGAAUUUGACAUUAUUGUUCUCAAUGAGAAUGAGAAGGCCUACGUGGAGAAGAAUGUGUCCACGCCGGGCAACAGCAUCUACUUUGAGGCGUACCUCUACAGCAACGGGAACUACAGCAGCUCCCCGUGGCAACUACCUGCCUCGUCUUUGCUGGCACCGCAGAGGAGGCCGUCCAUGGGCGAGGAGGAGGACGAGCAUGACUCUCCUGUGGAGGGCCAAUCUGAGAAAGUCAAGAAACCAAAAAAGGUCUAUUGUUACAUAUCGCCAAAGCAACUAUCUGUGAAGGAGUUUUACCUGAAAAUUAUUCCGUGGCGCCUUUUCACCUUUCGAGUUUGUCCUGGAACAAAGUUUAGCUACCACGGUCCUGACCCUGUUCACAAAUACCUAACGCUCGUGGUCGAUGAUGGAAUACAGCCACCCGUGGAGCUCAGUUGCAAAGAAAGGAACAUCAUGGCCGCUACCUUCAUUCGCUUUCUCCACAAAAACAUAGGUGGCUCAGAAACAUUUCAGGACAAGGUGAACUUCUUUCAACGUGAACUCAGGCAUAUUCACUCCAAGCGACCUCGUACCAAGACCUGCCUAAAAAUCACCCGGCACUCCAUUCUCGAUUCAUCCCUAAAGGCAACGCGGAACUUCUCAGUGUCAGAUUGGAGUAAAAACUUUGAGGUGAUCUUUCAAGACGAGGAAGCUCUGGACUGGGGAGGCCCCCGCAGGGAAUGGUUUGAGUUGAUAUGCAAGACCCUCUUUGACACCUCCAACCAGUUAUUCACCCGCUUCAGUGAUAACAACCAGGGCCUGGUACACCCGAAUGCCGACCGACCGCCGCACUUGCGACUGAAAAUAUAUGAGUUCGCUGGCCGCGUGGUUGGGAAGUGCCUGUACGAGUCUGCGCUUGGCGGGGCCUACAAACAGCUGGUCCGAGCUCGCUUCACGCGCUCUUUCUUGGCCCAAAUCAUCGGUCUAAGGAUGAAUUACAAGUACUUUGAGACGGAUGACCAGGAGUUCUACAAGACCAAAGUGUGUUUCAUCUUGAACAAUGACGUGAGCGAAAUGGAUCUGGUGUUUGCCGAGGAGAAGUACAACAAGUCCGGCCAGCUGGAAAAGGUGGUGGAGUUGAUCUCAGGGGGAGCCCACAUUGCAGUUACCAAUGAAAACAAGAUGCAUUAUCUCAACCUGCUGGCCCAAUACAGGCUGGCCAGUCAGGUGAGAGAUGAGGUGGAACACUUUCUGAAAGGUUUGAAUGAAUUGGUUCCAGAAAACCUGCUUGCCAUAUUUGAUGAGAACGAGUUGGAGCUGCUGAUGUGUGGCACCGGCGACAUAAAUGUGCAGGACUUCAAGGCCCACGCUGUGAUCGUGGGUGGAUCGUGGCAUUUCCGGGAGAAGGUGAUGAAGUGGUUCUGGGCGGUGGUGUCAAGCUUCACCCAAGAGGAGCUGGCUCGCCUCCUGCAAUUCACCACCGGCUCCUCCCAGCUGCCCCCCGGAGGCUUCAAUACCCUGUGUCCCUCUUUCCAGAUCAUCGCUGCGCCGACACACAGCACCCUGCCCACCGCACACACCUGUUUCAACCAGCUGUGCCUGCCCACCUACGACUCGUACGAGGAGCUGCACAAGAUGCUGAAACUGGCCAUCAGCGAGGGCAGCGAGGGCUUCGGCAUGCUCUGACCCGACCCAGGAGGAACCAGCCACAAAUCUGCAUCUGAACAGAGAAUCCCCCAACCUACUUGUCAAGUCUUGUUGGGAUGGGAAGGUGUCACUAGAAGCCUUGCCAACGACUGCGCUGGAAUCCCAUGAACUGGUGUAUGUAUAUAAAAACAUAUUUCUUUUUCAAGAGGAACCCACAAACUGUCGAAAAAGGGGCUGAGGUUUAAGCUUCUUUUGCUCUUAAUGCUGAGGUUAGCUGAUUUUUUUUUCUAUGUGUGAAUGUUAAUGACAUUAGAGCAAAGGCCUUGAGUAUUAUUGUACAAGCUGAGGAACACUAAAGUUGAGGCAGCAGCUUACACGUGAUGUGGGUGGGAUCUGCAUCACGAGCACUUUGGCCUUAAACCAUCAGGGACUGCCGUGUGUUUGUAAAUAUAGACCGUCGCUUUUAUUUCCUUGUACAUAUGAGUGUGCACACAAGAUGGGCCACACCGAGUAGAAACAAAAAUAAAUCAAGGUUUGCAAAAUGAGCCGAAAAGUAGGAGUUCAAAAAUAAACCCAUAACAAUUCAAGAAUGAGGUUGAAUUUUUAUGAGAUACUUGAAAGGAUAAAUGUGACCAGCGAUGAGUGUUUUUUUCCCAAAUUAACACGAUAGCUUGUCCAGAUGUAGGAAUUUUUUAGAUUAAAUAAACAUGUUGCAAUGGAUCUAACUUAUUUAACAAUAACACAACUUUUUUUUUUUUAAUGAAGUCUGUUUUUUUUUUUUUUCUUUUUGUCAAACAUUUCAACUUCAAUCUUGAACACACAACCCCGAAUCUAAUUUUAUUCUCAUGAUUUGGAAAUUAUUUUCCGAUUGUUGUGAUAUUGUCAUUUUUCUUAACUUUGAAGUUGAUUCUUGAAAAAUGACUUUUAUUACUGUACUUUUAUUACUUUUUUCCCCCAUUCCCGUUCUAAUUUUAUUCUUGAAUAUUAUUCCUCUAAAAGGGUACAUUUUCCAACCUUAUAACUUAAUUUAAAAAAAUCAAAAUCAACAUUACGCCUUUAGUCAAAAAAACAACUUUAUUCUUGGAGCAUUGCGGCUUUUUUGGCCUGUAACAUGGCAACUUUUCUGGCUUUAUUCUCGAAAUACAACUUUUUCUCCUCAUAUUGAUAACUUUAUUCCCCCAAUAAAAUGAAUUUAUUCUUGGUCAUUCAUUUUUUUUCAAUGCACUAAAUGACUAAUUUUCUUUUUUUCCUUCUUUAAUAUUUUUUUUUAAGUUUUGUCCUGAUACUUUUUUCCAUUUGAGAUUUUGAAGAAGGGUUUUGAUUAAUUUCAAUGUGAUAAUAAUUUAUUGAGAGCUUUUUUUGUGGGUCAUAUUUAAAAGAAUCCACUCUAUGGUUUGUGUAUGUUUUUAGCUUGUUGUGUUUCGAGGAAAUAUUUAUGUUGAAUCCACCCUUCCGUCUUAGGAGUGGUAACGGGUUAUUGUAUUGAGUAUUUUUAAAGGCUGCCUUAUUCAUGCUUGGCCUCUGAUUGUAUCCAGAGAAGCGUACAACUGAGCGGCGCUCAACUACGACAGGGCUCACGAGCAUGUUUUUAUUAGUCACAGCCUCUUCUGGGUUUACCUCAGCACGUCCUAUCGGCCGCUUGUGCAUCCCGACACAGGUGUGCGGUGGCUUUGAGCAAACACGCACAAUUCAUAGUUGCCUCUUUUCCCCCAGCACACAACUCUCACGUAUGUUGUUGUUGAUCCGCCCCAUCGUAUAAUGCUGUUGAGUUAUUUAUUAGAAGAAUCUGCCCUAUCUUUAUAGCCAUUCUGUUGAGUUGAAAUGUAACCGCAGAUGUUAAGACAUAAAGUCAAACAUUAGGAUGUUCGCCGAUCCCUUCAAGGUUUUAUUGAAUGUAGUGUUUCAAGUUGAGCACCUAAAAGAUCUAACAUUGGAGCUUGCGGUGUGACAUGUAGUAAAGUGCGACACGCGAAGUAAAAUCGGACACGGUUUUGCUGCUGUUUUUUUUUUUUUUUUAUUUUAAAGGAAAGGGUUUGUUUUGGCUUGUGCCAUGUAGGCUUAUUAAAAGAAAGCAUCACACCUAACAGCAGUGCUAGCAUACCUGUAUUUAUUAAAGUGGCUCUGUUACCUAAACUUGUAAAGCCCCAUUGAACUGAAAUAAGAACAAAAUGGAGAUGUGCUUUCAUGACCACUGACCGCUCUUGUUUCCCAGCACAAAAACGUUCAUCUUGUCUUUUUUUUUUUUAAUUUAAAUACCAGGGUUUAGAUUUCUUUUGUUCAGAUACAUAUUUUUUUCUCUUAGCUUGCGGACGUUUCCAGCUGUCAUUCCAGCCUUCAUCAGAGCUCUCCACUGGACAAAAAAAAAAUUGUCUGAACAAAAGAAAUUUUUAAACCGGCUCAAGUUUCAAUAAUUUCUCUGUGAACUAUUAGCUGUGUAUAUUUCACCUAUGACAUUGAAGAUGAGGAGCUUUCUUACUUAUUUAUUUUUUAAUGUCAAGCCUCUGAUGAUGAAUGUUUGAGAUUUCCUGCAGUUGCUGUUAAUGGGAAUAAAAACAACAAAACAAU